CACAUUUCAGUCUGGGAAAACUUCCAACUUCAGUUUGCUAUGCAUUUGAAGAACUGCAAAAAGUAAUUCCUGGAUCCCUUUGGGUGAGGAAUUUCAAGUGUGACUUCCUGAAGCACAGUGCAUUACUGCAAUACCACACCCCCUGCCACCCGGCUCUGCACCCCAGCACUUGGUUGUGUACUCUCACCACCACCCUUCUUAUGUUCUCCAGUUCUCUGGAGGUGACUGAGCUCUGUUAGGAUUUAAGGCCUUGGUGUCCUGUGUGAAUCGUGAAGAAUUUCUCUUGCAGCUGAAGAAAGUGCAAAGCAAAUCCCACUCUGAAUGUAGGAAGAAGGAAAGGAAGAUAGUCGAUUGGGUAAAACAAAACCUUAACAGUUUCUGAAUGCUUUCCAAGGGACUCCUCCUGUUAUUUGCUUUUCUGGAUCCAGCUUUAUCUGUUUCCUGACAGCUUACACCUUCAUCAGGUGGCUUUGGCAGGGUGGAAUGGGGUGAGCUAUAGUCUAAUUUUAACCAUCAAAACACAAUCUGCUGAAGCAUGUUGAUGACUGCAAGUUCAGGUAUGUAACUCCUGCUGUUUUAAGCACAGCAGUUUAUUUACCACAUUCUGCCACAAUAAUGAUUUGUUUAUAAAUGAGAAAGAGAAAAACAGGAUAUGUGACUUAAAAAUAUUACAGCAAUUGCUCUUAGAGAUUUCCCUUUGCACUUGUUCAAUGCAAAUUUUAGUUUAUAUAGAGAUAUUUGAUAAAACUGCAGCAUUUUAUUGCACAAAAUUGGCAGAAGACUUUACAGUGUUAUAUAGGCUGAAAGAUGUUAAAAGUGGGCAAAAAAAUGUGUUGCAAAGUUGCUGUUUAAUCCACUAUGACUCACUUGAAACAGUUGCCAAAGAAAGUAAUCUUAAAUAUUCUUAAAUUAAAGAAAGCAUUUAAAUCAGUUACUGAGAAGGAAAGGUUCAAGUACCUCUCUUGAGAAUAGUUACAUUACACUGUCAUAAUUAAAUUAUUAAUUAAGUCUGUCCACAGUCUUGCCCCUAUUAGUUCAUUUAACAUUGAGUAUCAGGCUUUUUGUUAUGCAAAAUUAGCCAUUGAUAAUCCUGUAGAUGCUUCUUCCUAUUGUAAAGGAGACAAACAGAUUGUAGAGCCUGGACUCACACAUUCGGGAACUUGUGAAAAGUGAUUGUCCUCUCCUGUUAAUUGGUUCCAGGUGUCUUUUAGUUUGGGAUGAGUAUGGAGAAUGCUAUCAGACCAGUCAUUGGACUGUUUGUUUGUUUGGUUUGAUUUUUGUUGUCGUUGUGGUGGUGGUUGUGGUGCUGGGGGUUGUGGUUUUUUCAUUGUUGUGGUUUGUUUUGUUUGUUGGUUUGGUUUGGUUUGGUUUGGUUUGGUUUGGUUUGAUUUGAUUUGAUUUGAUUUUUUUAAAAUUCAUGGAUAACUUGAGGAAAUCAGGCAGGCUUCCCACUUCCUUUCAGGUUUCAUUAAAGAUGCAGAAUCUGAGGCUGUACUCAUCAUCUGUAGAAGAACCAAUGCUCCAGUAUUUGAGGCUGUGAAAGAUGUGUGACUUUCUACUGGAAGCUCUUCAAUUCAAUGACCUGGGACAGUGCUGCCUGGAUUCCUACACCAAAUAAAAGCCUAGCAUCCUUCAACACCUUUUACUCCUUCAGACAGAAGAAAUCAGAAGUUUACACAUACAGGAGAUGGCAUUGUCCUUGCUUGUUUUCCACAGUAGGAUUGCCAUAAAAUCUUGCUGCCUGAUUGUUUAAGUCCCCUGCAAAGAUGAGACCAGUUUGCUAAUGGAAACAGAAGAUCAGAUUUAAAGGAAAAGCCACGGUGGUGCCCAUGCUUUGCCUAGUGCUCAUUGUGCUGUGUCUGAGCCGCUCAGAUGUGAAUGCCUUCAGUUCAGUUGCUGAAAACGAGGAUGCGCUCCUCAAGCACUUAUUUGAAGGCUAUCAGAAAUGGGUCCGCCCUGUGGAAAACUCCAACGACACCAUCAAAGUCCUUUUUGGGUUAAAGAUAUCACAGCUUGUGGAUGUGGAUGAGAAGAAUCAGCUGAUGACAACCAACGUGUGGCUGAAACAGGAAUGGAUUGACCACAAGCUCUCCUGGAAUCCAGAUGAAUAUGGUGGGAUCACUGCUAUCCGGGUCCCCUCUGAGUCUCUGUGGCUUCCUGACAUCGUUUUGUUUGAAAAUGCUGAUGGACGUUUUGAGGGAUCCCUGAUGACCAAAGCCAUAGUGAAGUACAAUGGAGUGGUGACCUGGACACCACCGGCCAGUUAUAAGAGUUCCUGCACAAUGGAUGUGACCUUCUUCCCCUUCGACAGGCAGAACUGCUCCAUGAAGUUUGGGUCGUGGACAUAUGAUGGCAAUAUGGUGGACUUGAUUUUAGUGGACGAAAAUGUAGACAGGAAAGACUUCUUUGAUAAUGGGGAGUGGGAGAUCUUAAACGCCAAAGUGAUUGAGGAAAUAAUCCCUUCUUCUUCCAAAGUCAUCCCUCUGAUCGCAACUUACCAUCCCAUGGCACCCUGGGUCAAAAGGCUCUUUCUCCAGAAGCUGCCUCGUCUGCUCUGCAUGAGGGCCCAUGUAGAUCGCUACUCGUUCGCAGAGACUGAAGAAAAGGGAACCACCUCGAAAUCAAAGUUUCUGGGGAAGCAGAAAUACAAGCAAGCAAAAGACGGAGAAAAAAUUGUUAUUGCCUUUCUGGAAAAGGCAGCAGACUCCAUUCGGUACAUUUCCAGGCACGUUAAAAAGGAGCAUUUCAUCAGACAGGUUGUACAAGACUGGAAGUUUGUAGCUCAAGUCCUGGAUCGGAUCUUCUUGUGGUUAUUUCUGGUGGUGUCAGUGACGGGUUCAGUUCUCAUCUUUACCCCUGCAUUACGGAUGUGGUUGAACAACACUUUGUAGAAAACACUCCUGCAGUGACAUACAAUAAGUACGGUGCCAAGGGAUGGUGGUGCGUUGGAGCUUGGUCUCUGCUGUACAAGGAAGCAGCAGCAAGAAUGAGGGAAAGUGAUGGUAACAGUGGGCAUUUAUUAGUAGUGCUUUCAAUCUUAAUAAUAACUCUACCAGUUACAGAUUUUGCUGAAAUCAGAGAAGAGCUUGGUGGACAGCCAAGGCCUAAAGUGAACUGGGGUUGCACAACUGGGUUAUUAUUUUAUUGUUAACUUGGUUGUAUUACUAUAAAAGCCAAGAUUAUUAGUUAAAAUUGGAAAUAGAAGGUGUUGCAGAAUCAUUGUAUUUAAAAGGCAGAUCUGCCAGUUCAAAUGCUACAUUGUAAAAGAAGUUACAGUAGGAACACAAAUCUCUACUCAGUUUGUCUGUGUUUCCAAUUAAAAAGCAGUGUGUCUACAGAAUGCUAAGCAAUUGUCAGAACCGGCAAUUGCUUAGCAUGUGCAUCAGAAAAAGUAUAAAUUCUUCUUCGAUGGGAUGUUCAAAACCUUGACUGUCUAGCCUCACCUUGCUGUAGGAUUAGCGUGAUGGGGCAGAACCUACCACUGCCCACCUGCUACCAGCCUUUAUGGCAUGCACACUUUUCUCUCACCUCAGCCAUCAGGAAGCUACAAGGUAUUGCCCACUUUUCAGGAUUAUUUGCAAUUUUGCUUGCUGCUCUGUAGUGUACCAGAAGGCUGACAAAGUGAGGAGUUUUCCCCAUGCUCCACAUUUAGAAACUAUUAUUCCUUCACCUGCUUGUUCACAAGUGGAAGAUCACCUAAGCGAAGGUGGCUGUGCUAUUCCAUAAGGCGACAGUGAUAUUCCUGAAAUGUUCAGCUGGAGGGAAGCUGCAGACAUCUCUUUUGGCAGAUGAAAAUUUUGGUUGUUGCAGGAGUGGGGUUCCUCUUGAGAGCUAUGGGGUGGGCUGGUCACCAGGAAGAUACAUUUUUAGAUGUUGGCUUGUCCAUGUUUCCUAGGCAAUUUGGAAUUUCACUCCUUUGAUUAAUUUAUUGUGGGAUCCUUUUGCAUGAUUAGAAACAGCUCUUAAAGUAUUAAUAAGUGAGAUGUCACAGAAAACACCCAGGUGAAACUCCUGAACAGUUUUUGCUGGGGCAGUGUUUUCCAACAUGGCGUGCUUUAGAAAAUCCCAUUCAGAACUUGCAAAUAUUUUCAGGGUUAGCAAGGGAUUUAGAGAUCCAAUUUUGACAAUCUACAUAUGUGUUAAAAUUUUAGCUAGCCUUGAAACUGUCUCUCUAGAGAUGGAAGUUAGAAACUGUUAAAAAUACAUAGAGGUGUUCUUGUGCUUGGAUUGUGCAUGGCAUCAGACCUCCAUGAGUUAAUGUAAUCCCAUCAUGUUCUGUCAAUGCAGAAACUUAUGUUCAAUUGUGCAAUUAUUAUUAAUAAAGAUGUAUUUAGUAAAUGA